UGGAUCCCUCAUCUUCAUACAAACUUGGUCGUCCUAAGAACAAUUAACUGGCGUUUAUGUUAAUAGUACGCGUAACCUCAUUCCUCUUUACAUCGCUUAUGACGUCAUACAAAUGAUUAAUUGUGACGUCAUACAUUAGUUUAUGUGCUGCUUGGCGACUUGGAUCGGAGUAUCCUCCCAAACACAUAAUGGAUGUGGACAUCUUUGCAGUUGGAGCGGUGUAUGUCAUAUAUUAACGUAAACAUUAUGGAUAUUGUGGAUCAUCCACAGAGUGAGCGGCUGGAAACCCCGCUGGAGUCGCAAUCGUGUUCGGUUUACGAGGAACUUCGACAAUGUGGACAGCUUUGCGAUGUCGUGUUAAAGACAGAUACCCGAGAGUUUCCAGUUCAUCGCGCGGUCAUGUCGGCUAGCAGUACUUACUUCCGCUCGUUGUUCACGCAGGAAAUAUGUAAUACAGACCGCAAAGAAGUGGUUAUUCCAGGUAUAACGGCAGACAUCAUGGAGAUUUUCGUUGAAUUUGCUUAUACCAGAGAAGCUAAAAUUACUGCCGAAAACAUUGAAAGACUUUUACCGGCGGCCGACCAGUUCCAUGUCAACGGCCUUGUGCGUGCCUGCUGCCAGUUCCUGGCCAGAUCCCUCGAGGCAGAAAACUGUAUAGGCAUUUAUAACUUUUCUAAAAUGUACUUCUGUCACAACCUGAAGAAGGUGACGUACCGGUAUUUGAUGCUCCAUUUUAGUGAAGUAGCAACACAAAGUGCAGAAUUUCUACAGCUGACAUUUGAGGAGGUUUCCAGCAUCCUAGCAUCCGAUGACUUAAAUAUCAAGAACGAAGAAAUGGCCUUUAUGGCACUACUUCGAUGGAUUGAUCACGAUUCCUCCAAUCGGAAAUGUCACAUUUCGGCAUUGCUGGAAACUGUUCGACUUGGGCUCCUUUCUAUCCAGUAUUUUACGGAGAAAGUAAAAAAUCAUCCAUAUGUGAAAGAAAAUGACCUUUGUAAACCAAUAGUGAUAGAGACCCUGAAGUUUCUGUACGAUCUGGAUAUGAACGACAAGGCACUGGACCUAGCCAACCCCCUGGCACGUCCGAGGAUACCACAUGAGGUGUUGUUUGUGGUGGGCGGAUGGAGUGGUGGGUCCCCCACUAAUGUAAUGGAAACGUACGAUCCCCGCGCAGACAAGUGGAUUGUUUGUGAUACAGCUGAUACGUUUCACCGAGCCUACCAUGGAACUGUCACCAUUGACAGGCUAAUCUACGUCAUCGGAGGGUUUGACGGUGUGGAGUACUUUAAUAAUGUCCGGUGUUUCAACCCAAUGACAAUGACCUGGUUAGAUACGGCAAAUAUGCACUCUAAAAGGUGUUACGUGAGCACAGCCGUCCUUGGCGAGAUGAUCUAUGCCAUGGGAGGCUACAAUGGACACGACAGGCUCAGAUCGGUGGAAAAAUACAUUCCGGCCAGCAAUCAAUGGACUAUGGUUACUUCGAUGGGCCAUGAGAGGAGUGAUGCCAGCGCUACAGCGCUCCAGGGUAAGAUCUAUAUUUGUGGUGGUUUUGACGGUCGGGAGUGUCUACACACGGCGGAGUGUUACGACCCAACUUCAGACCAAUGGACGGCCAUCACGCCCAUGCGCAAUAAGCGGAGCGGAGUCGGUGUCAUUGCCUACAACGAACAUGUUUACGCACUUGGAGGAUUCAACGGGUUUUCACGGAUGAACACGGCAGAACGAUUCGAUCCAAUAUCGGCUAAAUGGCAAACCAUAUCAGAGAUGUAUAAUCCAAGAAGUAAUUUUGGAGUCGAGGUGGUCGAUGACAUGAUCUUCGCUAUUGGGGGAUUCAAUGGCGUCACUACCAUCUUCAGUGUCGAGUGUUUUGACAGCAUGUCGAAUGAAUGGUUUGAUGCCACUGACAUGAAUCUCUACCGAAGUGCACUUAGCGCAUGCGUUGUCCGCGGGCUACCAAACGUCCAGAAGUAUAUUCAUUGCCCAAGAAAAACAAACGAAGAUACGGCACCAGAUCAGGCCGAGGGGACAACGACCGAGGACGAUGUUUAAUGUUGAGAUAGUCAAUGAAAAACACCGUGAAUGUAAUCUAAGUGGGUAUGCUAACACACCGUCGGUUAGAUAGAGAAUGGGACAUGAUAUCUUGGUCAUUGUUGUGUUAAAGACCUUUGUUCACUUGUGGUCAUUAUUCUACAGAAGUAACGUGAUUAUCCGGUGGCCAUUCUCGAGUAAAUGUUACAUUAUCUUUUGUGCAGCGAAUUCGUCCAAAUCUAUCAUAACAUUCUCAAAGACGUAUUGUAAUCGCGAUCUUAUUCAUGAUUUACCAAAAAUAAAAACUUAUCAAAAUA